AUGUCGGCUUUGAGUCAAGCUAUACGGAACAGGCGAUGGAGGCAGGCUCGUUUGUUAAUCGAGGCAGGUUUUGAUAUCAACCGUCGUAGCCUAACAGACAAGAGAACUGCGCUUAUGGAAGUCUGUUUCCUAGACGACGAAGAUAAAGCUCUUGGUUUAGCGAAAAAGCUUUUGCAAAGCGGCGCUGAACUUGGUUCUCAAGACGCACAAGGACUUACGGCGUUGUCAUACGCGUGUAUUUUAAAACGGAGAAAACUUGUCAGUCUCUUCCUACAGGCUGUGGACUAUAAUUUGAACACAAUUGAUCGCGAUGGAAACACGGCAUUGUUUCACGCAAUUACGGUAGGAGAUCUCUCGAUUGUCGAGAUGAUUGUUCAAAAAUUAAAACACUAUGAUCUCAGCGUUGAUACGCAAAACCAUAAGGGUGAGACGCCACUAAUUCACGCUUUAAAAAUCGGUAAUAUUCAGUGCGCAGAUUGUUUGAUCCAAAAAGGCAAAGCGUCUGAAGAAAUUUGUGAUCUUGAACAAUUUAAAAGCGCUAAACAAUGGAAAAAGGAACUUCAGCGCAAAGGAAAACGAAUUAUUUCGGCGCUUUACUCAUCCGAGGAUAAAAAGGAACACGAACAGAAAAAGAAGCGAAGAACACGUAAAACCGUCAGCGCGAAACCUACGACAGUCUGUACUUUGCCGCCAAUAAAAGAUAAUACAAACACGAAAAAUGUUCGCCCCUUCACAGCGCCGGGACUUCUCCCUGUUUCUGACUUUUUUACACCUUGUUCGCCAGUUCAAGAAGAGUUACUACAUUUGUACGGAAUCUAUAAUCAACAGAGGACGAGUUCUUAUCGCCGAGGCUACAAAUUUGCCCCGAAACCGAUUAAAAAACUUCCUCCUUUAGAAGAAGAGAUCGACGACAAAGAGAGCAUAGACCGUGGCGAAACUCCGCAGGAACAAGGAAAGGCAAGGAUGAGCUUUGCCCAAGUCAACGAACUGAGUAGUAAGAUCAAAGGAUUGCAAAGAAGUGCGAGAAAUAGGAAAAGCACUGCAUCACCGGCAAGUUCCGACGGGCGCGCAAUAUCAGGGAAGAAAUCGGCCUCUUUUACUAAAUUACUCCGUAAAGGAGAAAGUAAAGAGUUUACUGUCCCUGAGACGGCGUCAUUUUUUCCAAACGAAAGCAACUGA